AUGUAUAUAGGUUCCAAUAGUGCAAGCGCUCCGGCCUCUACCAGGGGAAUCGGUGCUCACCACCAACAAACAAACCGGAUCUACCAGCCCGUAUUUUUAUUCGUCUCGUCCCCCUUCGCUCCCUCUUCUCCCACUCACGCACUAUUUAUAUAUGGAUUUAAUCUUCCUUCCUAUAUCAGUUUAUUCCAUUCCUCACCAUGGCUGAUAGGGCUCGUGGACGUGGUUCGGGGCCGGGGCGACCGAGGCAGCGGAGCUGGCGGUCGCGGCAGAGGCCAGACGGCCUUGCCCUUGCGCUCAGGCCGGGGCGACUUUCGUGGUCGAGGAGACCGUAGCCAGGGUGACUUGCGGGGACGGGGACACUUUCGUGGUCGAGACUUUCAGGGCCGAGGCCGUGGUGGCUUUCGCUCUGGCCGGGACCAAGGCCCGCGCAUUUUCGUCCAAGGAAACACGGUCUCCGUGCCCGAUGCGAGUGUCACCAAAACCGAGGACACGCUGGCCAAGGCACUGGUCGGACAGAAGACGGCCCGCCAACGAUAUCCCGAACGUCCAGGGUACGGUACUUUGGGCGAGCCGGUGACUCUCUACGCCAAUUACCUCCCACUCAGUCUCACGAGCAAGCCGCUGUUCCGCUAUCACAUCAGCAUUUCGCCUGACGCCACCGGUCGUCAGCCAACAGGCAAGAAGGCACGGCAGAUUGUGCAUCUCCUGCUGGACGAGCAUUUCUUACAGUUUCAGAACGACAUUGCGACUGACUAUCGAUCGACCCUCAUCUCUCGCGAGGAACUUCCCUAUACCGAGAAAUUUGACGUGCGGUACCGCGAUGAGUACGAGGAUGAGUACCCAGAAAACCCGCGUGUGUAUCACGUUACAUGCCAGUACACCGGCCAGCUCAAUGCGGGUGAUCUGGUAAACUAUCUCACAUCGACCGAUGCAGAUGCCAUGCUAGAAUCCAAGGCCGAGAUUUUGCAAGCCUUGAACAUCAUCCUGGGGCAUCGAUCCAAGAGGGACCGCUCGGUGGUCUCUGUCGGUGCCAACAGGCAUUAUAGUCUGCGUCCAGAUUCGGUCGAGAGAUGUGAUCUUGGCGCCGGCCUCGAAGUCGUGCGCGGUUUCUUUGUCAGUGUGCGCGCUGCGACAGCCCGUGUGCUACUCAAUGUGCAGGUCAAAUACCUGGCCUGCUACCAGGAAGGGCCGUUGAGCAUGGUGAUCAGCGAGUACCAGCGUUCCAACUCUCGGAAUAUUUACCGGCUGGAGGUCUUCUUGAAGCGUCUACGUGUCCGCAUCACACAUAUUACCAGAAAAAAUAGUCGCGGCCAGCUCAAACCUCGGAUCAAGACGAUCGCCGGUCUAGCCGCCCGCGGUGAUGGAACGUCAUCCCCGAACCCGCCGAAGAUCCUUCGCCAUGGUGCGGGCCCGAGGGAUGUGCAAUUCUUCCUGUCUGCUCCUGGAUCGCAGCCUAGUAAACGGAGCUCCGAAUCAAAGGGAAAGAAAGGCAAGAAAGCACCCAAGGAGGGACCAGCCCAGGCAGGACGUUAUAUUACUGUGGAAGAAUACUUCAAACAAGAGUAUGAUCAACACCUGGAUCCUGGCAUGCCUGUGGUGAAUGUUGGAAAUCGCGAAAAUCCCGUCUACCUCCCCGUGGAGGUGUGCGAAGUCGAGCCUGGUCAGCCCACCACCACCAAGCUCAGUCCCAACCAGACACAGAAUAUGCUUGGAUUUGCGGUCAUGGGCCGGAAGCCGGCGCAGAACGCUCAGUCCAUCGUCACCAAAGGUGUGAGCAUGCUUGGACUGGGAGAGCCAUUGAAUGCCACUUUGACUGCAUUCGGCGUCCAUCCGUCGACAAAUCUGAUCACCGUCCCAGGACGAGUUCUACCGGCUCCACGCAUCUACUACAAAGAUGUCAAAUCCGGGAAGAAGGCCGUCGACACGAUGGGCGGUAGUUGGAACAUGCGCGCCAUCAGGUUCUCCCAGCCAGUCGCUAUGAGAUCCUGGACCUGGCUAUUCAUUGACGCCGUCAAAGCCCGUCCUGUUUUCAAGUCGCCCGAUGCCUUGAAUAACUCUCUGCAGAGUUUUACGAAUGUUCUGUGCCAAAUGGGUAUCGCUGCUGACACAGCCAAACCGGGAAUGCGCAUUGAGCUGAAUGGCUCCAAUGACGCAAAUGAAGUCGAGUCCGCCGUGCGCGCCUUGCAAGAGAAACACCAACCGUCAUUGAUUCUGACGAUCCUGCACUCCAAAGACACGGAGCUCUACAACUGCGUCAAACAGGUCUGCGAUGUUCGAUGUGGUGUUCGGAAUGUCAAUGUGCUCGCGGAGAAGUUCCAAGGUGCCAAUGACCAAUACAGCGCCAACGUGGGGCUCAAGGUCAACCUCAAGCUCGGUGGCUGCAACCAGUCGCUGCAGAAGUCAGACCUCGGCUUUUUCGCAGAAGGACGCACCAUGCUCGUGGGCAUCGACGUGACGCAUCCAUCUCCAGGCUCAGCACGAUCUGCUCCCAGCAUCGCCGGCAUCGUGGCAUCCGUUGAUGCCGCGUUGGCCCAAUGGCCCGCUGAAAUCCGAAUUCAGGCCGCGCGCCAGGAGAUGGUGGCCGACCUGGAUGUGCUCCUCCAGUCGCGACUCCGGCACUGGGCUCACUGCAACCGGAACGCUCUACCAGAGAAUAUUGUCAUCUACCGCGACGGGGUCUCGGAGGGCCAGUAUGACACGGUGAUCGAGCAGGAACUCCCGCUGCUCAAGCGCGCCUGCGAGGCCGUCUACCCGGCUGAUCAGACGAAGCAGGGCCGGCCACGGCUUGCGGUCAUCGUGGUUGGGAAGCGGCACAACACCCGCUUCUAUCCAACGCGCGAUGCUGAUGCCGACCGCGCGGCCAACCCCCUGCCUGGCACCGUGGUGGACCGCGCUGUCUCAGAUCCCAGGCACUGGGACUUUUACCUGCAAGCCCACGCGGCGCUGCAGGGCACCGCUCGCCCCGCCCACUACUUCACCGUGUGGGAUGAGAUCUUCCACCCGCGCCACCCGGCGUCCGCAGCCGCGGCCGACGAACUGCAGACCCUCACCCACAAGAUGUGCUAUCUCUUCGGCCGCGCCACCAAGGCCGUGAGCGUGUGCCCGCCGGCCUACUACGCCGAUCUGGUCUGCACCCGUGCCCGCUGCUACCUGAGCGACUUCUUUGAUCCCGCCACUUCGGCGUCGGUCGCCAGCGUGGUUGGUAAGGAGGGUUGGCGGUGCGGUUGCUGA